AUGGCUCGUUUUCAUACACUAUUCUCGAUUGUGAUUGUUGGUCUAUUGGUGAUGUUACUUGCUGAGCAGAUUCAAGGCACCUGUUACCAGAAUUGGAGUCGGUGCACGAAAUGGUCAUCAGGCUUCACUGGCUUUCUGUGGCAAUCGUGCAAAGAUCGAUGUGUCUGCAUGGGCUAUGCGAGUGGCAACUGUAAACCAGUUCCGAACACGUGUUCUUGGUUACCACGAGGAAAUAAAAUUGAUCAAUGCCAAUGUUAUGGAAAAGGUCGACCACUUUCAUGGUGGCGGAAACUUCUAUGUAAAACUGCAUGGGGUGGCAAAUGA